AUGGAGCAGCCGCUGGUGGACGCGAUCACGCGGGCGGCGUUCGCGGCGCCGGCGCUGGGCCUGCCUCCCUUCUCGGCUGCGAGCAUGGACUGGAAGGAGACGCCGACGGCGCACGUGUUCAUGGCGGACCUCCCGGGGCUGCGCCGCGACGAGGUGGAGGUGGAGGUGGAGGAGGAGAAGGUGCUCAAGAUCAGCGGGCAGCGGCAGCGCGCCGCCGAGGAGAAGGGCGACCGCUGGCACCGCGUGGAGCGGAGCAACGAGCGGUUCGUGCGCACCGUGCGCCUGCCGCCCAACGCCAACACCGACAACGUGCAGGCGGCGCUCCAGGACGGCGUGCUCACCGUCACCGUGCCCAAGGACAACGAUCGCAAGGCCUACGGCAGGCUCAUCCCUAUCACCAAUUAA